CAUUUUGACAAAACAUUGAAAACAAGCCAACUUGAGAAAUCUGCUCUUAAUAAAAACAGUUUAUCAAUAAGUUAUUAAAAUUCGUCAAGUACUUCAAACGUCUUAAAAAGUUUCACAAAAGUCAUUCAUAUAAAACAAAAGCACAACCCUCAAAUCCAUGAAACCCAAAAUCGACAUAGACGCUCUCCGCACGGAGCACGAGUCAGAUGAGCAGUGGGAGGUACGACGUAGCUUCAUGGAGGAACACCAAGAGGACUUCGAUGUAGAGGAACUCGUCACAUUGGCUCAGCUGUUCACUAAUAUUGAAUUUUUGGGAUGCAGAUACCCAGCGCAAACAAUGAAGAGAAUAGCCAAGUUGGCCGAAAAAGUUUCCGCUAAGUACAGAGAAAGUCGUAAGAACAAAUUGAAGAGAACUUUUGUCGCGGCCAGCGAUGCGGCAGAAGCUAAAGCCAAGAGAAGCUUUAAAUAAGCUUAUUUAUCUUUUACUAAGCAACAAGUCACUGAUAAAAUCUAGUAGAUAAGUUCUAUAACUUAUGAGGUUAUCAGAUACUUAUCGGCAAGAUGAAAAAUAAGGGAGACCUAUUACUACCAAUCUUAGGAGAUAAAUUCUUGAUAGGUUAUCAGAGACUCAACCGAUAAAAUAAAACUUGGUUUUACAGAUAGAAAAUAGAUAUUAGAUAGAUGAAGUGGUGAGGUGAAAUAGUAAAAAUAUAUCAGUGUAUUUUAUCUACUAGAUAGGUAACCUUGAGUGCGCAAUAGAAUAUAAUGUUAGAUAAUACAGACACUUUAUCAGCAAAGUUCAAGUUCAUAAGCACCUAGUUUAAACUCCUGCUGAUACCUAUCGAAGCUUAUCUGCGAGAUAAUAUCUAUCUAAAGGUUUAACAGGCCUUUACUUAAAAAAAAAAACGAGUGUACUUUAGACCACACGACUGAAAUAAAACUAGUUGCCACUACAGUAAUAUACGAAAGAACCAACAUCGGUUUUUUUUUGGCUCCGUGCUGGUAAUUCAACAGUGAAAGUCUGCCAUUUUUAAUACCGUAUAAAUAUUUAACACUUGUACUCUCAUGACACCAAUAUUCUUAGCAGAGCAUUUACUCUAAACAUAAAAUCAUAGACUCACUCUGACAUUGGCAAAUCCUCACGGAAGCCAUUAUACAA